AUGGCUCGUCGUUUUUUCGCCGCCUGCAGCGCCCUGCUGCUGGCCACGCAAGCAGCCGCCGAUAAUUUCCCCUACAACUCCUACCGCACCGCUCCAUACACCCCUCCCCAAAUCAAGGUCACCAAGUCCGGCCAAACAGACCCUGGAUAUAUUUUCGUCGGUCCCCGUGGAAAUCAGCCGCAAGGAACGGCAGCUCUGAUAUACGAUGAGGAUGGUCAGUUGGUCUACGAAGGGCCGGAGGAGGUAACGGCCAACUUCAAGGUGCAGAAACUCUUCAACGAGGACGUCAUCACCUUCUGGGCCGGAAAUAUGAUGGAUUUGGGCUUUGGAUACGGCACGGUUCAUAUUCUUGACAACACCUACCGCGAAAUCUACACCGUCACCCUCCAGGACAACUUCGUCUCUCCCGACGGCACCCCUAGAGAUUCGUACAUCGAUCUACACGAGAGUCAUGUGACGGAUCGCAACACACUCUUAGUCACAGCCUACAACGUCACCCAGCACGAUUUGUCUUCCAUCGGCGGCAAACCAGACGACUACAUGCUUGACGGCAUGUUCUUCGAAAUCGAUAUCGCAACCAACGAGAUUGUGUAUCAGUGGAGCGCAUUGGACCACCUUCAGGACAUCCCCCUCGAGGCCUCCAAGCAGGGCUUGGGAGCAGAUCAGGGAACGCAGGACAAGCCAUGGGACGCUUACCACAUCAACUCGGUCGAGCUGAUGAAUGAAGGAUACAUCAUUUCGCUGCGUCACUACUGGUCCGGCUUCUAUGUCCACAACAAUGGGACAGUGAUGUGGCAGCUCAGUGGUGAGCGCAAUGCCGGCGACUUUGAAAUUGAUGACGGUGCCAUCUUCUCCUGGCAGCACGACAUCCGUGUCUACCACCAGACGGAAGACAGCAUGGAGAUCAGCUUGUUCAACAACGCCAACACACCCACGGAUACUGUCGACGCAACCACCGGCUUGAAUCUGCACGUUGACCUAACCAACCGCAAGGUGUCAACGCUGCGCACGCUGAAAGACUCGAGCGACGUGAUACACAGUGUUAGCCAGGGCAGCUACCAGCUUCUCAGUGAGGAGACGUCCCACGUUGUGCUGGGCUACGGUUCCAUCGCGAAAGUCAAGGAAUAUGACGCCCACAACAAUGAGGUGAUGACGGCGCAGUUUGGUGACGACAAUGCGGUGGCGUCUUACCGCGGCUACAAGUGCCAGUGGAAGGCGACUCCCUUCUGGCAGCCCGCGGUGGCGAUCGUCCGGACGACGUCGGAUGCGGCCACUCUGUUUAUGAGCUGGAACGGGGCCACGGAGUAUGACAACUGGGCCAUCUAUACGGCCUCGUCGGCAGAUGCGGUCGACCCGACAUUCGUCACGUCGAUCAAGCGCAACGGGUUUGAGACCACGGCGCAUGUGACGGGACUGCGCACCAACUGGCUCCAAGUGGUUGCUCGGAAGGGUAACGUUCCUCUGGGGACAUCCGCCAUGGCGUACUUCUAG